UGUAUAUAGCUGUACAGUGCCUCCCUGUGUGGCAGAAAUGCCCUCUCCUGCUGCUGAUGCUUAGCUGCAGACAUGCUGUUUCCUGCCACAGGGAACUCUGCCUCCAUGGCCGCCAAGAUCCCAGCUGAGAAAUCUGGGAAAUGUCAGUGUGAGACACACCAUUCUAAAAGCAUCCUGUACCAGAUCCUUAACAAAGAGCAUGGAAGUGAGACCAAGUGGCACCAGCAGCAUUGCAGUCCCCACAGCUCCACAAGAAGCAAAGGCUGCCCUUGUUUGGACAGGAGAAGAGUUGUCCUGAGAACACCAGAAGCCACAUGCAGAAGAGCUUUUGAAGUGCUGUUGAAGACUUCAAUUUUUAUUAGAAACUUACCUUCUUUUUAUCACAUGCCUUGGGAGGAUCAGUUUGUCCUCAUACAACGGAACUGGGCCCCUCUUUUUGUCCUGGGCAUGGCACAAGAAGGGGUGGAUUUUGACCUGAGAGAGAUCCCAGCCACCAGUUUAUUGAAAAAAAUCCUCCUCAAUCAGUCUUCAACAGCUAUGAAUGAACUGGGCAGCUCAUCAGCAGGAGCAUCUUUAGCAGAAGUUCAGAAGAUGAAGAAUUUAUUGUGGAAAUUCUGGGAUCUGGACAUAAGUGCAAAAGAAUAUGCCUAUCUUAAAGGAAUGAUUCUUUUUAAUUCUGAACGUUGUGUCCUGAGAUGGCUCCCUUAUGUACAAUCACUGCAGCAGGAAGCUCAGAAAGCCCUGAUGGAGUUUAUCUCAACAAUGUUCCAUGGAAGCCUCGGCAGGUUUUCUUCGAUUCUUCAGCUAAUCAUGUCCCUUCGAGACAUUGAUGCAGGUGCUAUUGAGGAGCUCUUCUUCAGGCCCAUCCUAGGAGAGGCCACCCUAAAUGUACUACUUAUAGAAACCCUAUAUAUCAAGCCAGACUGGCUUGGAAAACAAAUGACAUCUGAGUGAUAAAAUAUUUCAUUUUGAAGAGGUCAGAGAAUAUUAUGACCUAGAUAAACACAUUUCAAAGAAAUCAUUGAUGCAUAUUUGUAAGCCAUAUAUGCUUCAACAAUGAAGUCAUUUUGUAACAUUUUAGAAUUAAAAGCAGAGAAAAUCAAACAUUUCAUGAUACUGUGUCCUUUAAAAAACCCUUAGUCUAAGUAUUUAAAGAGUGUCUAGGAGCACACUUUCCAGUUUUGCUAGGUUCAACUCUAUUAUUUCUAGUGAUCAUUUUUACAGCUGUUUAUACUAUAUGCUUUUGGCUUUAAGGAACAAGGGCAAUGGUAAAUUUUAUUCAGUUGAAGAUAGAUACAUAAAAGGCUGGUCAAUGGUAAAAUCAGUAUAAUUCCUUCCUUUUCCUUGACAGUCCCUAAUCUCAAACCUUUUUCUGUUCCACUGAGAACUCUAGUCCUUGGUUGUAAUUGCUGGAUGGAGCUCCCCCUUAGUAAAUGCUUGCUUAUAGGUUCUUUUCUAAGUCUUGCAGCAAACUGUGGGCAUUAAAUCCCUCUCCCAUUAUAUACUAAGUCCUUCCCUAACUAAGGAACUAAACAACAUGAAUCAAAAAUUUGUUGACUGGACAAAAGCUGUUCAGGAUUGUUUCCAGAAUGGGAAUAACGAAGUUAUAAAUGAAAGUUACUGUGUCAUGCCAUAAGCGGCAGAACUAAUGUAGCCCAGUUUCCUACACAUUUAAGACCUUUUCCCUUUAGCCCUGCCUGUACCCUUCUAUAAUUACCCUCACUUCCUUCCAAAUAGAUGUCAGAUAUUCCUUGGACAGCAGAAAUGCUAAAAUACGGUUUCCUGCAGAUGUGUACAAUCUGUUCCUACGUCUCUCACUGCAAGAGUUCCACGUCUCCACCUCCAAAUGCACUAUGGCAUGCCCCAAAAAUGUCUCUGUCUCCUACCCCUCUGGCUGGAGAAGAGGCAGCACGUGUUGGGGUGGGUGCCAAGUGAUGUGUGUGCCGACUGCCCAUCUGUCAGGAUGAAAAAAACAUUGAGCUUAUACUUUAGCUGCAACAGGGGAAGAUAUUUGUAUCCAAUUCCUGUCCCAUUCCUCUCCCAAUGGUUUCCAUGAAACUUAAAGGAAUUUUUGAGUUCUUUCAGUAGUGGAUCCGGCCUAGUUUUGAUUGGCAAGUGGGAUCAAAUUCACCAAAUGAGAACUGACAGACAGGUAGACAGACAAAGAGUAUGAUAGCUUAGAAUUCCUUAGACUGUUAAGCUAAAGUCAAAGGAAAGAGAACUUGUAAAUAUAUAUAUAUAUAUAUGUACACAUGUAUAAUGUAUAUGUAAAAAUGCACAUCAGAGGAGAUGGAUGUUGAAAGGGCUUCUAGAAGUCAAACAACUAAGGAAAAAAGAAGUUUAAAUUAUCCUAAGAUUUUAGUACUUAUCAGUUUUGACAAAAGAACACACAUUUUUCUCCCACGUUGUUAAUCCAGGAGUAAAUUACAAAUAUAAAGGGGAAGAAGAAAACCCCAAACAAGACAAACCAGCUAAGCCCUGGCUAGUAGUGAUCAUGGAAGUAACAACCUCCACAGUAAACACAACUCACGUUCCUGUGUCUCUAAGCUAACUAAACUUUUCAGAACUGCAGAUUUUUGGACUAAUAUUUUCCAUGGAAAUCUCUCAGAGUAGAAGUUUUCAGUAGCUUUUCUCUUGUUCAAAUGCUUCAGUAGUACUGCCAGAGAUCUGUUGGUGCAGGGUAACAGGAUAUUCCAUGGUUAGUUGUUUGUGAUGCUGAAUGAAAACAUUAGUUCCGGUCUGUGCUUCUUAAGAUUUAAGCAAGCGGAAUACAGCCAAAACUGGAAUUUUUACAUUUGAUAUCUACAGUAUCAUUUGGUAGCAGACAUACAAGUUCAAACACCUCCCAACUCCUAUAAGCUUCUACCUCUACUACAGAUGCUCCACUUGCACAGCCACAGGCCAGGGUAGAAGGAGCAGGGCUCAUCUGGCCUUGCAUAUACAGCAGCUUCUGCAAUGGAAAAGGGUAGAAGGGCUAUGCUCUCAUCUCGGUGCUCCCACUGCUGGUUUGAAGAGUGUAGAGAGGGGAAGGAAUACCCUCAGCCCAGUGGGAAGAGGAAGGAAUUUUAGAAAAAGGUAAAAUGUACCGGGAAAACAGUCAUGGGGGCUUAGAGAGAGGAGCAAAAAGGCUGAACAAAAAAAAGGAGAAGAGAGAGACAGAAGCAACUUAUUAAUAGAGCUCAUUUCUAUGUGGAAUCCAGCUUACCUUCAUAACACAAAGGUCUGCUUAAUGACUCACCAGCAACCUGAACCCAGGACACGGUUCAUGGUUCUGUAGCCUGAAUUUCAGGCUAAUGAGAGGACACCAGACAGUCUCUACUCACAGCUUUAUUAUCAAAAUCUGUUCAAGGUCUUCGACCUUAUCUACAUGAUGUACAACAGCUUCAACUCAGCUCUCCUUGAAUUGGAAGGCACGAUGCCAAGUUCCCAUCGCUUGGCUCACCUGGAAGACAAUGCUGUAGUUGCUGAUGAUUCUUUUAGCCUGGUGUGAGUCUAUGUAACCAUGUCUGAAAAGAGUGCCUAGUGCUCCAUAGGGAAGAUUGUGGUCAAUGUCUUGGGUUUUCAAGAUGACUUCACCUUCUACCAUGAAGGCAAAUACUAGGCUUCAAAUGGAACUCCCACUAGAGCUGAUACUCAUGGAUGAGUAUUUGAAUACUUUGAAUACAAGCUUCUUCAGAAGAUCAAAAGAUCUAUCUCAGUAUCCUGUUCAAAGGGGCUGAGAUACUACUGUCUUGCUGAGGACAGUGGAAGAACCUGUAUUUACUGUAUUUAAGCAUCACAUGAAGUUGGAGGCUGUGCAGGUACAAGAAACUGGCAGGAACAGGAGAGGUGAGGGAUUGUAAGCAGAGGUUAGGAGUAAAGCCAAGAGCUCUCCCUGCACAGCAUCAGACAGCCUUUAGAAGUCAAUGGAAAUAAUCCAUUGGAGUGAAGAAGCAGAGACAAAAAUGAACAGAAGGCAACAGGGUGACAACAGAAAAUCCCUACUCCAGGAAAAAAAGGAAAAAGAGAGAGAAAGAGGGAGAGACAUGGAGAGAGAAGCAAUGAAGAAAGGUUUGUCACCAGUUUCUUUAGCGUCUGGGGUUGAAAACAGAAGCACUGUUUCUCCAGCUGUGAUAUCCACCAACAAAGCAUGUGUAUCCAUCCCCCUCUAGUGCCCAGGAGAUGACAGUAUUGCCACCACCUAGAGUGUGAGCUUAGCUGCUGGAAGUGUGCCAGAUAAAGCACCUACUGCUGCUGAUGACCCAGGCAGAGCUUUUGCUCAGGGACACCUCUCCCAUUGCUGAUUUGUUCAAAAUAGCCUAUGACAAUAUUUUUAAAUUGUUAGAAGUAACCCACAUUUGAAAUAUCAAGAAUGAAAAAGUAAGUUCAAAUUGCUUGUGAAAUGUUACUCCAGCCUCCUUCUUAAUAUGAUCAUAAACUUU